AUCCUCUGCACAUCCCUCAAAACCUGCAGCAACAAAGUCACGUCCUCCAGGAGCUUCAGAGCAGAGUCACCAGCGCAAUGUCUCGGUUUCUGGACAUGACGGAGUUCGGAGAAGCUGCUCGCUACCUUCGGCUCACCAACCUGGAGCAGCUGGCGGCCAAAGCCCAGGCCUUCGACGGGACGAAGCGAGUCUGGAUGCCGGACGAGGUGGAAGCGUACACCGAGGUGGAGGUCAGAGAGCUGAACGGAGACAAGACCACUGUGGAGACCAAGGAUGGGCGGUUUCUGAUCGUCAAAGAAGACGACCUGCAGCCGAUGAACCCUCCAAAGUUCGACAUGAUGGAGGACAUGGCCAUGCUGACGCACCUGAACGAGGCGUCCGUCCUCUUCAACCUGAGGAGGAGAUACAGCAUGUGGAUGAUCUACACCUACUCCGGUUUGUUCUGCGUGACCGUGAACCCGUACAAAUGGCUGCCGGUCUACUCUCCUCAGGUGGUCUCGGCCUACAAAGGGCGGCGCCGUGCCGAUACGCCGCCUCACAUCUACGCCAUCGCUGACAACGCCUACAGCGACCUGCUGCAGAAUCGGGAGAACCAGUCGAUGCUCAUCACCGGCGAAUCCGGAGCCGGAAAAACCGUCAACACCAAGCGGGUGAUCCAGUACUUCGCCAUCGUGGCUGCUCUGGGAGAGAACAUGAAGAAAGGAGGCUCGUUGGAGGAUCAGAUCAUCGAAGCCAAUCCGGCCAUGGAGGCUUUCGGAAACGCAAAAACCAUCCGCAACGACAACUCGUCUCGCUUCGGAAAGUUCAUCAGGAUUCAUUUCGGGCCGACGGGGAAGCUGGCGUCGGCCGACAUCGACAUCUAUCUUCUAGAAAAGUCCAGAGUUGUCUUCCAGCAGCCUGGAGAGAGGAGCUACCACAUCUACUACCAGAUCAUGUCCAAUCACAAGCCAGAGCUGCAAGACAUGCUGCUGGUCACCACCAACCCCUACGACUACCACUUCUGCUCUCAGGGUGAAACCACCGUGGAGGGAAUCAGCGACGGAGACGAGCUGAAGCUCACCGACCACGCCAUGGACACGCUGGGCUUCACGCCAGAGGAGAAGUACGGCUGCUACAAGAUCGUCGGCGCCAUCAUGCACUUCGGCAACAUGAAGUUCAAGAAGAAGCAAAGAGAAGAGCAGGCCGAGGCCGACGGCACCGAGAGUGUGGACAAGGCCGCGUACCUGAUGGGCAUCAGCUCUGCAGACCUGCUGAAAGGCCUCCUGAACCCCCGAGUCAAAGUUGGAAACGAGUUCAUAGUUAAAGGACAGACUGUGGAGCAGGUGAACUAUGCGGUGGCAGCGCUGGCCAAAGCGACUUACGAUCGAAUGUUCAAGUGGCUGGUGAGUCGCAUCAACCUGUCCUUGUACACGGCGCUGCCUCGGCAGUACUUCAUCGGAGUCCUCGACAUCGCCGGUUUCGAGAUCUUUGAGUUCAACAACUUUGAGCAGUUGUGCAUCAACUUCACCAACGAGAAGCUGCAGCAGUAUUUCAACCACCACAUGUUCAUCCUGGAGCAGGAGGAGUACAAGACUGAGGGCAUCGAGUGGACCUUCAUCGACUUCGGUCUGGACCUGCAGGCCUGCAUAGACCUCAUAGAGAAGCCGAUGGGUAUCCUGUCCAUCAUGGAGGAGGAGUGUAUGUUCCCCAAGGCCACGGACCACAGCUUUAAGACCAAACUCUACGACAACCAUCUGGGGAAGUCGCCCAAUUUCCAGCGACCGCGACCCGACAAGAAACGCAAAUACGAGACUCACUUCGAGGUGGUGCACUACGCUGGAGUGGUUCCGUACAACAUCACCGGCUGGCUGGACAAGAACCGAGAUCCUCUGAAUGAGACGGUGGUGGUUCUGUUCCAGAAGUCCUCCAACAAGCUGAUGGCCGGGCUGUUUGAGAACUACAUCAGCUCAGAGACGGCGGGCGAUCCGAAGGCUGAAACCAAACACAGGAAGAGGAAAGCAGCUUCUUUCCAGACGGUCUCACAGCUGCACAAGGAGAAUCUCAACAAACUGAUGGCCAACCUCCGCAGUACUCAGCCUCACUUUGUUCGCUGCAUCAUCCCCAACGAAGCCAAGAAUCCAGGUGUGAUGGAUCCCUUCCUGGUUCUCCACCAGCUGAGGUGUAACGGGGUCCUGGAGGGGAUCAGGAUCUGCAGGAAGGGUUUUCCAAACCGGAUCCUCUACGCUGAGUUCAAACAGCGCUAUCGGAUCCUGAAUCCGUCUGCGAUCCCAGAGGACUCGUUCGUGGACAGCAGGAAGGCCGUGGAGAAGCUGCUGGGCUCUCUGGACAUCGAUCACACUCAGUACAAGUUUGGACAAACGAAGGUGUUCUUCAAGGCUGGUCUGCUUGGCCAGCUGGAGGACAUGAGGGACAGCCGACUGUCUCAGAUCCUCACCACGGUCCAGGCCAUGUGCAGAGGGAAGCUGAUGAGGAUGGAGCGGCAGAAGGUCAUGCUGCAAAGGGACGCUGUGAUGGUGAUCCAGUUCAACCUCAGGGCGUUCUUCUCAGUGAGGACCUGGCCGUGGAUGAUGCUGUUCUAUAAGCUCCGCCCACUGCUCAGGAGCGCCCAGGUGGAGAAGGAGCUGGCUGCUCUGAAGGAAGACUUCGCCAAACUGAAAGAGGCCUUUGACAGGUCGGAGGUGAAGCGUCGGGAGGCCGAGGAGCGUCAGGUGGUUCUGGUUCAGGAGAAGAACGACCUGGCUCUGCAGCUCCAAGCAGAGCAGGACAACCUGACGGAUGCAGAAGAUCGCUGCAACCAGCUGAUUCAGUCCAAAAUCUCUCUGGAGUCGAAGGUGAAGGAGAUGCAGGAGCGUCUGGAGGACGAGGAGGAGGUGAGCGCCACGCUGACGUCCAAGAAGCGGCAGCUGGAGGACGAAGUUUCCUCUCUGAAGAAAGACGUGGACGACCUGGAGAUGACGCUGGCUAAGGUGGAGAAAGACAGACAUGGAAUAGAGAACAAGGUGAAGAACCUGUCACAGGAGAUGUGUGUUCUGGACGAGUCCAUCGCGGCGCUGAGCAGAGAGAAAGCUGCUCUGAUGGAGGCUCACCAGCAGGCGCUGACGGACCUCCAGGCUCAGGAGGACAAAGUCAACAUGCUGAACAAGACCAAGGCUCGGCUGGAGCAGCAGGUCGACAGCGUGGAGACCUCCUUGGAGCAGGAGAAGAAGAUCCGCACUGAUUUGGAACGAACCAAGCGGAAGCUGGAAGGAGAUCUGAAGCUGUCCAUGGACUCAGUGAGGGACCUGGAGAACCAGAAGGAGGAGCUGGAGGAGCGACUGAAGAAAAAAGACUUUGAGUUCGGUCAGCUUCAAUCCAAAAUGGAGGACGAGCAGAAUCUGGUGGCUCAGCUUCAGAAGAAGAUCAAGGAGCUUCAGACUCGUAUCGAGGAGCUGGAGGAGGCGCUGGAGGCUGAGCGAGCCUGGAGGUCCAAAGCCGAGCGCCAGAGGAACGACAUCGCCAGAGAGCUGGAGGAGCUGGGGGAGAAGCUGGAGGAGGCUGGAGGAGCUUCAGCCGCUCAGAUCGCCUUGAACAGAAAGCGAGAGGCGGACUUCCUGAAGAUGCGGCGGGAGCUGGAGGAGGCGGGGCUUCACCACGAGGCAACGGCCGCCACUCUGAGGAAGAAGCACUCGGACACGGUGGCGGAGCUCAGCGAGCAGAUCGACGCUCUGCAGAGAACCAAGCAGAAGCUGGAGAAGGAAAAGAUCGAGUUCAGGCUGGAGGCCGACGAUCUGGCCGCCAACGUGGAGCAGCUGUCCAGAGCCAAGGCGGCGGUGGAGAAGAUGUGCCGGGUUUAUGAGGACCAGCUGAAUGAGAGCAGAGGCAGAGCUGACGAGCUGCAGAGACAACUGGCCGAGGUCUCUGCUCAGAAAGCUCGAGCGCUCACCGAGACCGCCGAGGCCGGCCGCCGUCUGGAGGAGCGGGAUGCUGUGAUUGGUCAGCUGCAGCGCUCCAAGGCCGGAGUGUGCCAGAACUCUGAGGACCUGAAGAGGCAGCUGGAGGAGGAGAGCAAGGUGACUGAUCCAUCAGCUCAGAAGAAGUUAGUUGUGAAACUGCAGACUGUUGAAGAAGCCUUGGAGGCGUCUCAGGCCAGGAACUCCUCGCUGGACAAAACCAAGCAGCGUCUGCAGACUGAGAUCGACGACCUGGUGGGGGAGCUGGAGCGAUCCAAUGCUGCCGUUCUGGUUCUGGACAAGAGGCAACGCAACUUUGACAAGCUGCUGAGCGACUGGAAGCUGAAGUUCGAGGAGAGUCAGACGGAGCUGGAGGCGUCGCAGAAAGAGUCUCGCAGUCUGAGCACGGAGCUCUUCAAACUGAAGAACUGCUACGAAGAAGCUCUGGACCAUCUGGAGACGGUUAAACGAGAAAACAGGAACCUGCAAGAGGAGAUCCUGGACCUGACGGAUCACAUCAGUCAGGAAGGGAAGACCAUCCAUGAGCUGGAGAGGAUGAAGAAGAUCCUCAAUGUGGAGAAGAGUGACAUCAAAGCUGCUCUAGAAGAAGCAGAGGGAACCUUGGAGCACGAGGAGAGCAAGACGUUGAGGUUUCAGAUGGAGCUGCAGCAGAUUAGAGCUGAGAUCGAGCGCAAGAUUGCAGAGAAAGAUGAAGAACUCGACAACCUCAGGCGGAGCCACCAGCGCUCCCUGGAGACGAUGCAGGCCAGUUUGGAGGCAGAGGUUCGUAGUCGCAGCGAGGCGGUCCGUCUGAGGAAGAAGAUGGAGUCGGACCUGAACGAGAUGGAGGUUCAGCUGGGCCACGCCAACCGGCAGGCGGCCGAUAGCCAGAGGAUCAUCAGACACCUGCAGACACAGGUUAAAGAGCAGCAGGUGGACCUGGAGGACAAAGUCCAGCUGACCAAUCAGCUGAAGGAACAGAUCGUCCUAUUGGAGCGGCGCUGCUCACUGAUGACGGCGGAGGAGGAGGAGCUCCGCGGCGUCCUGGAGCAGACCGAUCGCGUCCGCAAGAUGGCCGAACACGAGCUGGUGGAGGUGGCAGAGAGGGUCAACCUGCUCACCACACAGAAUGCAGGUCUGGUGAACCACAAGAGGAAGCUGGAGGCGGACCUGUCCCUGCUGACCGGGGAGGUGGAUGAAGCUCUGCAGGAGAGUCGCAGCGCCGAUGAGAAGGCCAAGAAGGCCAUCACCGACGCGGCUGUGAUGGCCGAGGAGCUGAAGAAGGAGCAGGACAGCAGCAGCACGCUGGAGAGGAUGAAGAAGAACAUGGAGUCGACAGUGAAAGAACUGCAGGUGAAGCUGGACGAGACGGAGCAGAUGGCUCUGAAGGGAGGAAAGAAGCAGCUUCAUAAACUGGAGACCAGAGUGAGGGAGCUGCAGACGGAGCUGAUGGUGGAGCAGAAGAAGAGCGAAGAAUACCAGAAAGGAGUCCGACGCUACGGGAGGAGAGUCAAGGAGCUGACGUACCAGUCGGAGGAGGACAGGAAGACUCUGCUGAGGAUGCAGGAGCUGAUCGACAAGCUGCAGACCAAAGUCAAGAGCUACAAGAGACAAGUGGAGAACGCUGAGGAGCAGGUGAGCUGCAGCGCCGUUCGUUUCCGGAAGGUUCAACACGAGCUGGACGACGCCGAGGAGAGAGCCGACAUGGCUGAGACGACCGUCAACAAGCUGCGGAUUCGAACCCGUGAACAAACCACGAAGGUGGCCGUGAUCGCAGAAUGAAGCUCGGCGCCAUCUUCAGACUCCAUCAGUGUUUGUGUUUCUGCUGUUUGCUGUGUUUUGGUGUGUUUCUGGUGGACGCUGCAGCGCGACAGACGCCUGGAGCUGCUUUUAUUUAGUUUUGUGACUGAAGCAUGACGAGCUGGUCUGCAGGGAGGUGGUACCGACAGCAGCAGUCCCAUCAGAUCUGAUCAACUGACAAACGAGACAACACGUUCUGCAAAGACUCUCAUAAACGUGACGAGAUGACGACUUUACUUUGUGGAUCUUUGUCUUCUCUGGAAAAUAUCUCACUGAGGAAAGUGAAUUCAGUGUUUUAAUGAUUUUAAAGACCUAAAACUAAAACUAAACAGCACUUGAGGAAUGUAGGAGGCUUUGAAGUGCUGUUUGCUUCCUUAACGAGGGCAGCAGCUAAGACGUGUUAAAUGAUCCAAUCUAACAGAAAUCAUCUUGAUUUAAGACCACUCAUUACAAAAGAAGACUUUUUUGGUGCUCAGUAUUAAAGGUCUGAUCAGAUCUAAUAAUAAUGGACUCGCUGCUCUCAGUCGGACUGCAGGCUGUUUGUUAGGACGUAAGACGUCGAUGAAUUCGAGGCUGGACUGUUUCAUCAUUUGGAUGAAGAAAAAAGAGAAGAAACAUCUGAACGCUCAACACAAAGUCACCGACAGCCAAUAAGUUUACAUGUUGCAUGCUAUUUAGGGAUGUUUCUGAUGUUAGCGGUGAAGUAAAAGGUUUUGCGUGUUGUGUGAAGGCGUUGUUGUUUGGUUCUCCAGGUAGCAGCAGGAACCUUCAGGCUCUCCUGUAGACAGUCGUUGGUAGAUUAAAACAAGCUCUGGUAAGCCACAGACACAGCUAGAGAC